AUGUCAUGGGAGAAAAAUCCAGGGAUUCUACACUUUGUUCUAGUUCCUGGGGCGUGCCAUGGUGCUUGGUGUUGGCAUAAAAUUGUUUCACUUUUGAGGAAUAAAGGCCAUAAGGUCUCAGCGGUGGACCUUGCUGGUGCAGGAAUUGAUCCAAGAGAUGCAGACUCCAUCUCCUCCUCUGAAGAGCACAACAAGCCCCUUAUCGAUCUCAUCUCAACAAUCCCAGAUGAUGAAAACUUGGUAACAUCAUUUUGGGUGAGGGAAGUCAAGGGUCCAAAUCAUGGUUCAAAACCAACGCUCGGAUUAGAGACGUCGCAGGUUGUUUUGGUGGCUCACAGUGCAGGUGGGCUGAGCCUGGGUUAUGCCCUUCACUUGUUUGGGAAGAAAAUAAGUCUCGCAGUAUAUCUUACUGCUGUAGUGCACAAAGGCUUAGACUCUGAUGACAAGGAACAGUUUGGUGAUCAUUGGGAGUUUGGUUUUGGGCUUGGUCCAGAUAAGCCACCUACGAGCGCAUUGUUUCGUAGAGAGACACAAAGAGAACUUCUAUACCAACUUAGUCCAGAUGAGGACUCAACCCUAGCUUCUAUGCUCUUGAGGUCAUGGCCAUUGGGUUCUAUCUAUAAUGCAUGCUAUGAAGGAGAACACACAAAAGAUAUUGACAAGGUACCUCGAGUUUAUAUAAAGACAUUGAAGGACAAUUUACUGAAGCCAGAGCUACAAGAGGAGAUGAUCAAGUGUUGGCCACCAACAGAGGUAAUGACCAUGGACACAGACCACAGCCCAUUUUUCUCGGCACCCAAUGAGUUGCUAGGCUUGCUGCUCAAGGCUUCAGCUUUGUAUUGUGGGGAAAGAAUUUCUUAA